GUUGAGACUAUAUUGAGUUUUGAGGAGAAGUGGAAAUCGAAAGAAGGCAUACCCGUCGAUGCGAAAAUGCUACCAAGUGCGAAACGUGCACAACUGGAAUUAAUCGACGAAUCAGAGGGUGAUGAGAACGACCAGAAGUAUUCAUUGGAAGGUGAAGAUGAAAAAAGGCAGCAGAUCGAGUCGAAUCAUAGAGCGACAGUGAAAAAAUCAUCUGCAGUUUCCUCAUCAUAG